AUGUGUGGGAUCUGUUGUGUGGUGAGUUUGACCUCGUCUCAGUGUACGCCUCACGAUCAUGUUUACGAAAGACUGCGUCAUCGCGGACCCGAUCACAGCCAGGACGUCGCAAAAACGUCCUCGGAUCCAGAGUACAGUUGCCUUUUCUCUGCUCAUGUCCUCCACAUGAGGGGAAGCCUGACUCCGCAGCCUCUGCAAGACGACCACGGGAACGUCCUCCUCUGGAACGGUGAGGUGUUUGACGGGUUAACUGUGGAACCCGAAGAGAAUGAUACCAAAGUUAUUUUUGAUCAUUUGUCCUCGUGCAAAACGUCAUCGGACCUUUUGUGUGUCCUCAGUCAGGUGAGGGGACCAUGGGCCAUUAUUUAUUACCAGGAGGAGGAACAUUGUGUCUGGUUUGGGAGGGAUUUCUUCGGGAGAAGGAGUUUGCUUUGGAGCUGGGAGUCGGACCAUAGUUCUUUCACGCUUACAUCCGUGUCUUGUUGCUCGCCUGUUCUCAGUUCCUCAAAGUGUUCAGAAGUACCAGCGGUUGGUGUUUACAGACUGGACUUGAAGAGCAGGGUGAAGGAGGAAAGUCUGAAAGUCGAGGUUUAUCCGUGGGGUUACCUUGAGUCUGGGUUCACCUUUGAAGGUCUUCCCAGUUCCGUCUCCUUUGUCGUGAACGAUUCUGGACUUGUCCUGUCGUCCCCGGUUCCCCUGAUGAACAUGUCCAUAAGCGAUACAGGAUCAAAUUUUUCUAACUGUGGUCCAACCCCACUGGAUGACCUUAAGAAGCUUCUGAAAAACACUAGAAAGCGAGACACGGUUUGCCGUCUCAUAGACGUCCUCGGUGAGGCAGUACGCAGAAGAGUACAACACCUUCCCCACCAGUCCAAACCUGAUCAAGCACGACUCGCUAUCCUUUUUUCGGGAGGAAUCGAUUCCAUGAUCUUGGCUGUUCUUGCAGACCGCUACAUACCUUCGGACCAACCCAUCGACCUCCUCAACGUAGCUUUUAAACUCCAAGAAUCAAAGGUGGCUCAGGAGUCAGGGAAGAAAGGACGAAACAAUAAGAAAGAGCAGAAGAGCCACGAUGUUGCGGCGUCGCAGCAGUGUACGAGGUUUGACGUUCCGGACAGAAUCACAGGUCGGGAUGGUUUGCGGGAACUCGCGAGUCUGAGUCCUUCACGAUGGUGGAACUUCGUUGAGAUCAACGUUACUCAAGAGGAGCUUCGGGAAAUGCGUGAGAAGAACAUCUGCCACCUGGUGCAUCCUUUAGACACCGUUCUAGACGACAGUAUCGGGUGUGCCGUGUGGUUUGCGGCCAGAGGGACCGGCUUCGUAUCGGAGGGAAUGCAACAGAGGGCGCACAGCUCAACAGCAAAAGUUGUCCUGACCGGCAUCGGGGCAGACGAGCAGCUAGCUGGCUACUCGAGACACCGUGUGCGGUUUAAAACCUCAGGUCUACAGGGUCUGGUUGAGGAGUUGGCUAUGGAGCUGGGCAGAAUAUCCUCCAGGAAUCUCGGGCGAGACGAUCGGAUCAUCGCGGAUCACGGUAAAGAGGCCAGAUUUCCAUACUUGGACGAGGACGUGGUGAGCUUCCUGAACGAGCUGCCGGUUUGGGAGAAGGCGGAUCUGUCUCUGCCCCGCGGUUUAGGAGAGAAGCUCCUCCUCAGGCUGGCGGCUGUAGAGCUCGGACUCGGACCUGCUGCCGUCCUGCCCAAGAGAGCCAUGCAGUUCGGAUCUCGGAUAGCCAAGUUGGAGAACAGCCGAGAAAAGGCGUCGGAAAAGUGCACGAGACUGAUCGCAACUUAGCUUAGAGCACGGGUUUUAUUCUUUUAACACACACUUGAAUGUUGCGUAUGUUGAUAUUUAAGAAUCUGUAUUUAUGUGCUAUAUUAAAUAAAGGUCUGGAUUUCGAA